CAUGGGAGGAAACAUCACAAGGAUCGGACUGUGACGAUGGAGCAAGGGCCUCCACGUGUGUUUUACGCAUGCGCACAGCUCCACUGUGGCCUCGCCGUGGGCUCAUCUGGCUGCGAGGGCGCAUGCGUAAAUCUGUCCCAUGACGUCAGUGUCGGCUCCCCGUGUGUCUCGCGCACAACGUCUGAACAAAGGCCUGCCCCUUUUUUCAUGAGGAUUUCUCUGCCGCCAUCGUUACUUUACGAGUAAUCACGAUUACUACAUCGGAUUACGCUACUUUUUCUUAUUUUCCCGAGGCGUCGCUGACCGCAGGGGAACGCGUCCGUGAUGGAUGCGGAUCAGCACGAGAGCAGCGGCGAGACCAAGUCGGCCAUGCACACUUGGCGGUUUCGCCACCAUUUCACGUACAAGGCAGAUCAGGGAAAGAAUAUCAUCGUGCAGUGUAAUCUGUGUCUGCCGAGGGUCAACCUGCUGUCCACGUCGAAAACCUCCACGUCCAACCUCAAGAAGCAUUUAGACAGAACACACUUGGGCUGCGAAGCCUGCCCUGACGUCAAGAGGGGGAGGAAGAAAGAGGAACGCAACGGUGAGGAGAGCAGGCACUGCCAGCUCAAGAAGCUCAAGGCAGAGAUCAUCUCCAAGUACACCACCCAGGCAAAGGUCGACGACCUCAUCUACGACUUCAUCGUGGAGGACUGCCUGUCGUUUUAUGUGCUGGAGCAGCCGGGCUUCAUGAAGCUGAUCGCAGGCUUGACUGAGGGGCUGAAGUCCAUGGACAGGGUGACCUUGUUUACAAAGGUGGACCAGAGCUUCUCCAGGAUGCGGGAGGAGCUCAUGUCCAGGCUCAGCAGCGCCCAGUACGUGUGCACCACGGCUGACAUCUGGACAGCCAACAACAGGAGCUUCUUCGGGAUGACCUGCCACUGGAUCGACAGCUUCUCUCUGGAGAGGAAGUCUGUCGCUCUGGGGUUCGCCCGGCUGCAGGGCAAGAUCACGUACGACACCAUCGCUGGGCGCAUACAUGACAUCCACGUGGCCUUCAACAUCGAGAGCAAGGUUCAGAUCACGGUCACGGACAACGGCAGCCCCUUCACGAGCGUCUUCAAGGAGUUUGCAGUGGACAGCCAUGACAGCGACGAUGACAUUGGGUUCUUUGAGAACGUGAGCGCUGUGCUGCAGGGCGAGCCGGAGAAGGGCCUGCUCCUGUUCCUGCCCACGGUGCAGCGCUGCGCCUCACACACCCUGGAGCAGAUUGUGGCCGAGGACUUUUGGCAGGCGGUGUCCCAGGGGCCCAUGUGCCAGCUGCAUUACAGCACCAUGGCCAAGGUCUUUUCCAUAUUUAGCAAAUGUCACCAUCUCCAGGUGGGUAUGGACGCAGCGGAGGAGAUAGGAAAGAUGGCGCUCGUGGUCCCUUCAGUAAUCCGCUGGAACGUGGAGUACUGUGCCGUGCAGAAGAUCGUCUCCCUCACCGAGCGCGAGCUGACGGAGCUGUGCGCCCGCCUGGAGGUGCCACGCAUGCAGCCGGAGGAGAUGGCCUUCCUGAAGGAAUACGUGACGGUUUUCCACCCGCUCGCUUUUGCACUGGAACUUUUCCAGGCCGAGCAGAAAUGCUACCUGGGUCUGGUCAUCCCGACCGUGCUCAGUCUGAAGAACAAGCUGAACGAGCAGAAAGACACCACAACCUACUUCGGCGACGUCAUCAACGCCAUCGCGAUGGGUAUUGACGUGCGGUUCCUGGAGCUGUUUGCCAGCACGGAGGCAAAGAUCGCAACAGCUACAACGCCACAGUUCCGCCUGUGGUGGAUGGCUGCGUCCGAGCGGGAGGAGAUGUGCUCCCUGCUGGCCACAGAGGCGUCGCUGAUGGAUCCCUGCACCGAAACCGAGGCGAGCCCCAGCCGGGACCCGUCCACCAUCAAGUCGGAGGACGACUUCUUCAGCUACGGCUCCGCGAAGCCUUACGCGCAGAUCCAGCAGCGGGGGGUGAUGGAGGAGAUCCGCAAGUACAUUGAAGGAACAGGGAAGAGCCUGGAGUGCCUGCAGGACUUCCCCCGAGUGAAGCAGCUCUUCCUCAAGUACAACACCACCCUGCCGUCCACGGCGCCCGUCCAGCGGCUCUUCAGUCAGAAGGGCAACCUGGUGACGUCUCAGAGGAACUUUCUGACCGACGACUACUUUGAGCGCAUUCAACUUUUGAGAUACAACAGCAACUUGCUCUCUUUGAACAUAGAGUGAAUUGAAUGCCAUGAACUCUGUUUCUCUCUCUCUCUCUCUCUCGCUCAGCCUUUUCAUUGACACGGAAUCAAACCACAUUGUGCUUAAACCGUCACAGGAAACCACCGAGCUCAUCAUCUCAUCACGUGUUUUCUAAAGGAGCCCUGACCUGCUCUAAUAGGCGUUGCUUAUUUCUCCCACUCCACAAUGGCCUAAAGAAAAAAAAUCUGAAUUGACAAUCAUUGACAGUGACAUUCAAGGACUGAAUAUACUGACGCUAUCUUUUUCAGCGUGCUGUCGUUUUGAGUUGAAGUAGCCACAGGGUUAAAAAGAAGUGAUCUUUUUUUUUUUGGUCUUUCAUUUCAGUUAGUUUUUUCUACGGCUGUUAAAUGAGAAUGCAUCUCCUGUCUGUAUGUUUUAUAUCAUAUAUAAAGAUAUACGUGACAA